AUGCCGCUCCUUAGGACAUACAUCUUCCGCCUGGUGAUCCUCUCUGUUACAUUCUUAGUCCUGGCUACAUAUACGUUCCGGGAAAGAUUACUCUCUAUCACCGUGGCAUCUAUCAGGGUACUCUCUUCAAGAGAUCAGGAUAUUAUCGGUACUGGCUACGCGAAAUACCAAGGAAACCGAACAUUCCCAAACACCGUCGCCUAUCUCGGCAUCCCAUACGCAGAACCACCGCUGGGUGACAGACGCUUUCGUGCCCCAGUCCCACUCGACACUGGUAGGAUUGCAAGGUCUUCCAGAAGUACUGUUGUAGAUGCCACAAAGUAUCCCGAUUCUUGCAUCCAGGGGACUACUGGUGGCGGUGAUGCCGGAGGAGCAGGAAGCGAAGACUGCUUGAAAGUUAACAUUUACGCUCCAGUUGGGGCCAAGCGAGGGAGUAAUUUGCCCGUCCUCGUCUACAUCCACGGCGGAGCAAACUGGCCAUUCGACCACUGGAUCCAACAAAGCCCCAACGUCGUCAUCGUCUCCGUUUACUAUCGGCUUUCCUCCUUCGGAUUCCUCGCAACACCAGCGUUUAGAGACCCAGCUCAUGGGGACUUGAAUGCCGGGUUUCUGGACCAAAUUGAAGCGCUUAGAUGGGUCAAGAGAUAUAUCGCAGCUUUUGGCGGGGACCCAACGAAAGUAACGAUCAACGGCGAGAGCGCGGGUGGGAGCUCUGUGGGGCUUCAUCUUGUUGCUGAAGAGGGAGAGGUGCUUUUUAGAGCCGCUAUCGUGCAGAGUCUUUACAGGACACCUCUCCCUUCACCAGAAGAGCAAGAGUCAUUGUUUCAAUUCUACGCGCGGACGGCUGGAUGUCAUGCGGGGUCAGUAUCAUCAACAAUGGCUUGUCUAAGGAAUGCAAGCGUCAGUGCGCUCGCACAUGCUCAAGAUGCCGCAAUGUAUUCAUCAUCGUGUCUGAAAAACAUUAGUAUUUCGUCGGGAUACAAAGUUUUCCAUCCCGUCGUGGACGGAAAAAUUAUCACCGACUUUCCGACAAAGUCUAUCUUGAAUGACAAAUUUGCCAGAAUACCUUUGAUUGUCGGGACUGUCACCGAUUCAUCUGCUCCGGGCAAUAGAGCCACAACCAACGAAACACUCUCCGGAGGAACAGAUCUAUCAGCAGCCCUGAAGAGAUUCUUUCCAUCCCUGAGCGACGACGGCAUCGCUGCCAUCGAACGAAGAACUCUCAUGGGCGAAUCAUUUGCCCUUCAUUCAAAUGUAUGGACCUAUCGGUACAACCAACCCAACCCCACUUCUCCUGGAUCCGAAGUACGCCACGCUGCAGAGAACUGGAUGAUGUUUCGCGGGACAAACACGGGACGUAACGGAACCACCACAUACACCCCAAUGUCACCCAUCGCCACCGCCUUCGCGGAAGAACUCAUCGCGUACUGGCUUUCUUUCGUCCGGUCAGGGAAUCCUAACACGUAUAGACUCACGCGAUCCCCGACUUGGUCCCGCUAUGCGAAGGGGAAUCGGAUGCGAAUGGUGUUGCAGCAGAAUCCUGGACAGAUUCUGAGUAGGAGCGGGAGCGUGUUGGAGGAGGGCGAGGAGGAAACGGGGAGAUGUGCACUUGUUGGGAGGCUUGCCGUGGAGAUGGAGAAUUAGUUGCUAACUUUGUAUCACAUUCCGCCGUACAAUGUUGGAAGUUGGUGGAAUGGGAUCUAACACGUUUCAACUCCCUC